UAAAUAGUAGUAAGGAUAAAAGAGAGUAAAGGGUGUUUGAAUCGAGUAGAGUGGAUAACAAAUUAGGGUUACAGAACGAGAGAAAGGAGAAACGAAGAAGAAACGAUGCCGUGCUUGAACAUUUCCACUAACGUGAGCCUCGAGGCCACCGAUACUUCUGCCAUACUCUCCGAAAUCUCCUCCACCGUUGCCAAGCUCAUCGGCAAACCCGAGGCUUAUGUGAUGGUUGUGUUAAAGGGAUCUGUCCCCAUAUCAUUUGGAGGGACAGAGCAGCCUGCUGCUUAUGGGGAGCUUGUUUCAAUUGGAGGCCUUAGUCCCGAUGUCAACAAGAAAAUCAGUGGUGCUAUUGCCAACAUACUCGAGACAAAGCUAUCUGUGCCAAAAGCACGAUACUUCCUCAAAUUCUAUGACACCAAGGCCACUCAGAGCCAAGAAUAUGCACAAUGUCUGCAUGCUUUACACCAGUACUAGCUCAUGGUUCCAACUUUGGCUGGAAUGGAUCGACAUUCUAGGUUCUUGCCUCUUUGAACUCCCUAUAUAUGUGCAUGGAAGCAGCUUCGGUGAUUGCAUCUUAUCUUAUGUAUUUCGAUUAUGAUUGACUCACUCGAGCAUCAAAUGAUUGCUGCUAUUCCUCUAUUAUCUUGUGGUGAUUCAGCUUGUUAAUGACCGAGUAUUUUCAAGUAUCUUAUGUAAGAGUUCUAGUUAUCGGA